AUGUUUGGCCCCUAUAGUCCUUUAUACAAAGAUCCGCCAGAAGCAACGGGUGAAGAACCUGACGAUGCUGAUUUCGAUACUCCAAAGAUAUACGAACCAAUUGAAUCCUUUCAACAGCUGCAAGAACGUCUGCUGUUCUAUUUGCAAAUGUACAACGAAAGCGUCCGUGGCGCCGGCAUGGAUUUAGUCUUUUUCCAGGACGCUAUGAUCCAUCUUGUGAAGAUUUCAAGGGUCAUCAGAACGCCUCGCGGCAACGCUCUCCUCGUCGGCGUCGGCGGAUCCGGCAAGCAAUCGCUCACCAGACUGGCGUCGUUUAUCGCCGGUUACGAAACAUUUCAGAUUACAUUAACCAGAUCUUACAAUGUGAAUAACCUUCUGGAAGACUUGAAGCUUUUGUACCGAACUGCCGGACUGCAAGGCAAAGGCGUUGCUUUCCUUUUCACGGAUCAAGAGAUUAAGGAUGAAGGAUUUCUUGAAUAUCUCAAUAACGUACUCUCAUCUGGAGUUGUGGCUAAUCUGUUUGCUCGAGAUGAGAUGGACGAGAUUCUGGGAGACCUUGUUCCAAUAAUGAAAAAGGAAAUGCCUCGCGUCCCGCCAACGAACGAGAAUCUCUAUGACUUUUAUUUGUCGCGCGUUCGUAACAAUCUUCACGUUGUGCUGUGCUUUUCGCCGGUUGGCGAAAAAUUCCGAGAACGUUCCCUAAAGUUUUCUGGUUUGAUCUCGGGCUGUACGAUGGAUUGGUUCCAAAGGUGGCCGAAAGACGCCCUCAUCGCUGUAGCCAAUCAUUUCAUCUCAAACUUCGACAUUGUCUGCACAGAUGAAGUGAAGAAACAGAUGGUCAAUGUUAUGGGCGCUUUACAAGAUGGCGUUGCUGAGAGCUGCGUGGAAUAUUUUCACAGAUAUCGGAGAUCUGCCCACGUGACUCCUAAAUCUUAUUUGUCGUUCAUCAAUAGCUAUAAAACUGUCUACACAGAGAAGAAAAACGAACUUGGUGAAAUGGUUAACAGGAUGAAUUCCGGCCUGGAAAAACUUACCGAAGCGUCGAUGGCCGUGGUUGACUUGAACAAGCAGCUGGUUGUAAAACAAAAAGAACUGUCUGUGGCCACUGAAAGAGCCGAAGCCGUUCUCAAAGAAGUGACGGUAAAAGCGCAAGCCACGGAAAAGAGCAAAGACCAAGUUCAGAAAGUGAAGGAUCUCGCUCAGCAGAUUGUCGAUGGCAUUGAAACAGACAAAAAAUUCGCCAUGGACAAGCUCGAAGCCGCUCGGCCAGCACUUGAAGACGCCAAAGCUGCCUUAAACACAAUUCGCCCAGCUGACAUUGCAACGGUGCGCAAGCUCGGAAGACCACCGCAUUUGAUUAUGCGAAUCAUGGAUUCAGUUCUUCUGCUAUUUCAAAGAAAACUGGAUCCGACCCAGCCGGAUCCAGAAAAACCUGGAUUUUUCAAGCCAUCUUGGGGGGAAUCUUUAAAAUUAAUGAGUGGCGCCGGCUUUUUACAAGCCCUUAUGUCUUUUCCGAAAGAUUCCAUCAAUGAUGAGACGGUGGAACUACUUCAACCUUAUCUAACAAUGGAAGACUACAGUCUUGAAGUAGCCAAAAAAGUAUGCGGCAAUGUAGCGGGUUUACUUUCCUGGACCAAGGCCAUGGCUUACUUCUUUGAGAUCAACAAAGAAGUGUUGCCGUUAAAGGAUAAUCUUGCUAUUCAAGAGGCGAAGUUGCAGGCGGCAAAUGCGGAUCUGUUGAAGGCUGAAGAGCAGUUAGGAGCCAAAGUGGCCGAACUAAACAGCGUCAAAGCAGAAUACGACAAAGCAAUGGCGGAAAAACAAGCUCUCGUUGAUGAUUACGAUACGUGCCUCCGAAAGAUGACCGCUGCGUCGGAAUUAAUAUCAGGAUUGGGAGGCGAAAAAGAACGUUGGACAGAAGAGAUUAUGGAUCGCCUUGAUAUCUAUCUAUCUAUCUAUCUAUCUAUCUAUCUAUCUAUCACUGUCUGUCCCUAUAUCUAUCUCAGUUUCUUCAUAUCUAUCUAUCUAUCUAUCUAUCUAUCUAUCUAUCUAUCUAUCUAUCUAUCUAUCUAUCUAUUUUAA